UUUUUGCUAGGUACCUCUCAAAAUUGCUCGAGUUUGCGACACAAGGUGGCUGUCGAUUGAAGUUGCCGUUACACGAAUUCUGAAGCAAUGGAUUGAGCUGAAACUUCACUUCAACAUUGCUGCAACAAAUGAAAAAUGUUUCAAGGCACAAACGUUGCACAAACUACUAAAUGACGACGUUAAUUAUUUGUAUCUGUUGUUUUUGCAGCCAGUGCUAACUCAAAUGCAGCACAUUAACAAAAUUUUUCAAUCUAGCACUGGAGACUCAAGCAAACUUUUAAAUGACAUUAUAUUUGCCAUAAAUUCUUUAAAAAGCAAAAUCAUUCCCGAAAAUGUCAAUAUUGAUAUUUUAAAAAACGAUUUUGUACAUUUGGUAAAGCAUGAUUGCUAUUUGGGAUAUGCAUUCGAGACAAAGCUCAAAGAAUGUAAAGAAAACAUCUCAAACGAUAUGGAGGCAGAAAUUCGUUCAAAAUGCGUUAAUUUUAUAAUAGCAUUAAUCAAUGAGCUCAAGCAGAGAUUGCCAGACAAUUUUGAAGUACUUCAACAAAUUGAUUUGUUUUCCAUUACAAAAAUUUUAUGUCCAAAGAAGGCCAAUAUUUUGCAUAUCCUCGAGCACUUCAAGUUGGACUCCGAUAAAAUUGAGGACAUUCUAUUCCAAUAUAAGAACAUCCAUCUUCUAAACUGGUCAAAUUUGACGGAUACCAUAAGUUUUUGGGCCGAAGUGUCAAACUAUGUGGAUGCAGCAGGUAACAAAAGGUUUUCGGCACUAGCAUCAUUUGCGCUAAGCCUUUUAUCGAUGCCAUGGUCGAACGCAGAGGUGGAACGAGUGUUCAGUCAAAUGAACAAUGUCAAAACCAAGCUGCGAAAUAGAAUGGCCGUUGAAACACUAAAUUCUAUUUUACACAUAAGAUACGGACUACGCCGGGCAAACAAGUGCUGCCAUAAUUAUGAAGUCCCACAAGAUUGCUUAAAAAUGAUUGGAACCAAUCAAAGCUACAAAAAUUCAGCAGAAGAAGAGGGCAUGAUUGAGGAAAUUUCAGAACUUCUAAAAAAUACUUAAUAAAUAAAUAAAAUUAAUAAUAUAUUGUC